CACAGCGAGUUCACGUGACCAGGGAGCCCUUUUGACCCGUUCUCUCGCGAGACGUGACGCGGCUCUUCGCGAGAUCACGUCUGCAGCAGCAAAUCGGCUCCUGAAGACAAUCUACUCGUUUCUGCGGCGGGCCAUGGAGGUGUCGUCCCACAGCCUCUUCCUGCUGCAGCAGCUCAACGUGCAGAGAGAGUUCGGCUUCCUGUGCGAUUGCACCGUUGCCAUCGGUAACGUCUACUUCAAGGCCCACCGGGCCGUUCUGGCCGCCUUCUCCAACUACUUCAAGAUGAUCUUCAUCCACCAGUCCAGUGAAUGUAUAAAGAUCCAGCCCACCGACAUCCAGCCGGACGUCUUCAGCUACCUGCUGCACAUCAUGUACACCGGGAUGUGUCCCAAGCAGCCGGUGGACCAGAGCCGGCUGCAGGACGGCAUCAAGUUCCUGCACGCCUACCAGCUGUGCCGCAAGCCGGGCGACGCCGCCGCCGAUGCCGCCGCCGACGGCGUCCGCAUGUCCAACCUGUACGGCAUCCAGAUCUCCUCCCAGCUGGCCAGCAAAGACACGCCGGGCGUCCACAAGGCCGCCGCGGCGUCCCGGGCGGCCCCCGAGCCGCGGUCCCAGCUGUCCCUUGCCGUGGGACUGGACGCCGUCCCACAGGACCACCAGCAGGCGGCGCUGCGCAACAUCUGCUCCGUGACGUCGGCGGACGACUCGGACGUCUCCAGCCGCAUCAAGCAGGAGCGGGUGGAGGAGGAGGACGGCGAGGCGGAGGAUGGAGGCCCGCAGGGCGGCAGCCCGCUGUUCAAAGGGCGCCCCCUGCUGCUGCAGUGCCCGCGCUGCGGGGAGCGCUGCUCCUCGCCGGAGGACCUGCGGGAGCACCUGUUCAGCCACGCCCUAGACCCCGCACGCCUCAUGGACGGGCUCCCGCCGCUGCCGGGCGCCGACGAGCCGCUGCAGGGCGCUGCCGAGCCGCUGGACGCCGGCUGCCUGGAGGAGGCGCUGCGGCAGAGUCAGGUGCUUGCCAACCAGCUGGCGGCGGAGCUGAGGCGGAGCCGCGGCGACGGCGACGGCGGCACAAGCCCCGCCCCCACCGUGCUCCAUUCCCGCAAGCGGAAGAUCGCCUGCGCCGUCUGCAGCCUGCGCUUCUCCCACAAGAGCCAGCUGCAGGAACACAUGUACAGCCACACCGGCAAGCCGGGCCGCUUCCACCGCUACAACCGCCUCUGCAGCCAGCUCUUCCAGGGCUCCGCCCACUUCUGCGACGCCGCCGCCGUGGGCGGCGAGCCGGGCGGUGGAGGCGGGGCCUCGGCCGCGCUCUGCGAGGACGCCAACCGGGACACGCAGGACAACGGCAGCUCCUGCUACUCACUGGACUCCGAGGUGUCCCAGGAGAGCGUGGACGGCGUUCCCGUCGAGUGAUGAUGAUGAUGUCAUCGUUGGGGACUGUGUACCUGUGCAGGUGUGUGUGUGUGUGUGUGAGUAAGCCAGUCAUUCUCUCAGUUUCUCUCUGGUUUGUGUUGAACUUUGAGGAAUGCUCUAGCUGAUGAUGAUGAUGAUGCUGCUGAUGAUGAUGAUGAUUACGUCAUCCUCAUCUCGGUAGAACGUCCGGUUGUGAGGAAGAGGAUGCUGGGCCGCAGCUCUUCAUCAGCAGACAGCCGUGCCUUGAUGACCGAAGGCCGCCUGGCAGCUCCAAGCUUCGUGACAAUCUGCAGCUUUUUGACCAAUCAGCUCCUGGAUCUGGAGCGGAGUGCUGGUGGAAAGAAAGUACACCCCGCACACUGACACACUGACUUCAUCUUGUUGUUUACGCUGCAAUGCAUCCUGGGUAGAUGAUAUAUGCUGCGCUAGCUGCCAUGAAGCUAGCUCCAACCAGACAGAACAGAAACACGGAAUAAUGUUCAAGCUCUUCAAUUUGAACUUUAGCAUUAGCUUUAGCUAAUGGUAUUAGCUCUAGUUACUGAUGUUAACUGUGGCUAAUGUUGCUAUCUCUAGCUAAUGGUGUUAAAUCUAGCUAGCAACAUUAGCCACAACCAUUAGCUAUAACUAAUGGUUUUGGCUCUAGGUAAAAACAAGAGUCAAAACCUAAACUAUGAAUAUUAGCUUUAGCUAAGCUCUCUUCCUGAGCUUCUUAUGUUUUGUUUAUAGGCUAACGUUCCCUGUAACCGACACAAACAACAUAAGAAAAUUAGAACAUAUUUAGUCCAACUAGUCAUGGAUCCAUUUAAGCAUUUUUCUCGUUUUCUGGUGGUUUCAGCAUCUCAGAAUGGAUCCAAAUCAGCCCCAGAUUUUCACAACCUGAGGCUGUGUUGCUGCUCUUUAACCUGAGAAGGGUUCAAAGGUCAAACUGUCUGAAGUUCAAAGGUCAAACCUUCUGAGGUCCAUCAUCCUCCAGAGAGGAAAACAUGUCAGAGAUCUUCCUGUUAGUGAACGUUCUAUCAAAUUCAGGCUGAAAUCAGAGAAAUGGUCUGUUAAAGGCCUCAUUCACAAGAAAAGGUUAAAGGUCAUGACCCAGAGCCAGGUUGGAACACAGCUGACCUUUUUCCUGACUGUAAACACAGUGGUGGAGGGGUCAUGAUGCGGGCUUGUUUUGCAUAAACUUCUCUGUAUCCUGAAGGUUUUUGAGGAAGUUUGGCCCAAACCGAGUCGUCAACGGAAACAAGAAUGAAGGUGUUUCAGUGGCCUAGUCAAAGUCCAGAGAGCUGAUUGGAUUGGACAGAUUUCAAGGCAUAGAUUUUAUGGGGUGUACUUACUUUUCACCAGAGUUAAAUCAGUCAGAUGUUUACAGGCUCAUGACGAUGUUUUAUUUUCUGGUAUUUUUGAAAGUUUGCAGCCUGGGAUCAGUUUCUGUUUCAGAGAUCUGAUUGGAGGAGAGCAGAGUCAGAAUCGAUCAGGUGUGUUAAUUCAUAAUCAAUAAUCCCGUUCAGAUUAGCUGUAAAAUCAGAAAAACAUCCAAAAUGCUCCUUUAAAGCUCUUUGCUGCUGCUGGGGUCAGAGGUCACAUGACCAGGAUGCUCCAGUCAUGGCCACUGAACGCGUGACUGUCGUCUUUCUCUCCGUGUGUCACCAUAACAACAAGAAGUUCAGUGUCGACGUGUUUUUGUACACGUUUUGUUUUUCAUCGAUGGAAAUGUUUUGUAAAUAAAUGUCCUUUUUCCACCAA